AUGGAAAUAGGUCAGAACCCCUAUCAGGUUUUAUGGCUAAUCGAAAUUUGGCUAGUGAAAUGUUCCCUCUUUUCCUGUCCUGGGGACAGAAAGAUUAUGUCCUCUCCCCUCUCCGAGGAGUUGAGGCAAAAGUACAACGUUCGCUCUAUGCCCAUCUGCAAGGACGAUGAAGUGCAGGUCGUUCGUGGACACUACAAAGGUCAGCAAAUUGGCAAAGUUGUCCAGGUGUACAGAAAGGAAUACAUCAUCUACACUGAACGUGUGCAGCGUGGAAAAGCUAACGGCACCGCUGUCUAUGUUCAUAUCCACCCCAACAAGGUGGUGGUCACCAGGCUAAAGCUUGACAAGAAUCGCAAGAAGAUCUUGGAACGCCAAGCCAAGUCUCGCCAAGUUGGCAAAGAGAAGGGCAAAUACAAGGAAGAAACCAUUGAGAAGAUGCGGGAGUAACUUUAUCAAUAAAA